UGUCACUUAAACAGGUACCAUCAAACGGAAUUUACAGCAAAAUCUUCCUCCUCCCAUGGAGACCCUCUCCGCCUUCUCUUCUCCUCCAUGGCCGAACCCCAAUCCCAAUUCUAACCCUAAUUUUCUCUCUUCCCGCCAUCCGGAUGACGAGCAAUCGGAGCCCCAAUCCGAUGCCCUUGAUGCUAUUUCCUCAUGGAGUCUCGAUCCUCAAGAACACACGGAUUAUCCGGUCUCUAACUCUAAUUCUGGCCCUGCUCCUUCCCCUAUACCUAAUCACAAUUUCAAUUCCACUCUCUCCUCCUCGCCGGAGUCUGUGUCUGUCUCACCUUGGGCGCCGCUAUCUCUUUACCAUCUCUCGUUUAAUCAAGAUUUUGGGUGCUUUGCUACUGGCACAGACCGUGGUUUCAGGAUCUAUAAUUGCGACCCCUUCCGAGAGAUCUUUCGCCGCGAUUUCGAUCGUGGCGGUGGUAUUGGAGUUGUUGAGAUGCUUUUCCGGUGCAAUAUUUUGGCGCUUGUUGGUGGUGGUCCGGACCCUCAGUAUCCUCCGAGUAAGGUCAUGAUUUGGGACGAUCACCAGAGCCGAUGUAUUGGGGAAUUGUCAUUUCGUUCUGACGUUCGAUCGGUGAAGCUCCGGCGGGACCGAAUUAUUGCAGUCUUGGAGCAGAAGAUAUUUGUUUACAAUUUCGCGGAUUUGAAGCUCUUGCAUCAGAUUGAGACUAUCGCGAAUCCCAAGGGGCUAUGUGAGGUCUCACAGGUGGCCGGGUCGUUGGUGCUGGUGUGUCCUGGUUUGCAGAAGGGGCAGGUGAGGGUGGAGCAUUACGCAUCUAAGCGAACUAAGUUUAUUAUGGCGCACGAUUCCAGGAUUGCCUGUUUUGCUCUCUCCCAAGAUGGGCAGUUGCUUGCAACAGCUAGUACCAAGGGGACUCUUGUUCGGAUAUUCAAUACUGCGGAUGGGACCCUUUUACAAGAGGUACGGAGGGGUGCAGAUAGAGCUGAGAUUUAUAGUUUGGCUCUCUCUUCAAGUGCCCAGUGGCUCGCAGUUUCAAGUGAUAAGGGCACUGUCCAUAUUUUUAGCCUCAAGGUCAAUUCAGGAUCCGUAGUGAUUGACAAGCCACGAGGUUCAUCGGAUCCAAAUCAUUCUGCAUCGUCACCAUCCUCAUCUCUAUCUUUCUUUAAAGGAGUUUUGCCCAAGUAUUUCAACUCUGAGUGGUCUGUGGCUCAGUUCCGCUUGCUUGAAGGUUUGCAGUAUAUGGUUGCUUUUGGUCAUCAGAAGAAUACAGUGGUAAUUCUAGGCAUGGAUGGAAGUUUCUAUCGCUGCCAAUUUGACCCAGUGAACGGAGGGGAGAUGACUCAGUUGGAGUAUCACAACUUUCUGAAACCAGAAGCGCCCUUCUGAAAGGAUUUUAUGUUUUAUGAAGAUAUAUAUGAACAUCAUGUAGUAUUCUUUCACCUUCUUUUCCCUUAUUUAACCUUACAAGUUACAUAAAGAUUUGCCGUAAAUAUAUGUUGUAUGUAACGGAUGAUCUUGUAAAGCUCCACCGAUGAAAAGUGUUGUAUAAAUGCAAAUGCAACCAUUGUUAUCCCUGUA